AUGUCAAGUCGACAGUUCAAUACAAAAAUCUUAAGCAAGGGUAUUAUAGACCCUAAUUUGCAUUAUGGAAUUUGGUCUAAAGUCUGGUGGGAAACAGUUAAUUUAGAAUUAGAUGCUGAAUCAAAACAAUUCGUAAUACCUUAUCGUUUAUACAUAUGCAUUGAAUGCGAACUUAACAAUAAAAGCUUUGUCAUUACAGUUUUGUCAACUGCCCAAAAUCCAUUAAAGUCUGGAUUUCAAUGUACCUGUGGCACAGUUAAAUCCAACGUUGAGCCUUAUCCAUCAGCAGCGAUUAACACAUGUUAUCAACAAGUUUUUGAAAAUAAAACAGAAUACUCUGGUUUGGCUGCUAUAGGUUUCGAAAAUGAGGAUAUUAUUCAAGAGCUGAUUGCUGAUGUAGAAACUUUUCCAAUAUUUCUUCAACUUUUUGAAAGACAUAAUAUAGUAAUAACCAGUAUUGGUGAUAUAGACGAAGAUAAAUUUCAUAGUGUUGGUACUGGUUUCGUUUCUUCGUUUACUACGCGUUAUCAUAACGCACAACAUCUAUUUUUUUUAAGAAUUGAAGAAAACCAAUGUAGUUUAAAGAUUUAUUUAGAAUCAGAAUGUAUAAAUCAUAUCACAGGACCAACGCCAGAUGAUGUUUGGAAGGAG